UUUUACCAUUCACAGUUGAGGUUUCAUUGAUGACCUGAUCAACUUAUUUUACGUUAGUUUACGAAUUCAACAUUCAUGAUGGAUAUUUCGGUGGAGGUGGUGAAGAAAACCAAGCGACACACUCGCGAAGAGCUCGAAGAGCUUUCCAAAGAGCAACUUAUGGACAGAAUAAUUCAGCUUGAAUCCCAGAAUUUUCAACUGAAAAACAUCAUUCAGAAAGCCACUGGAACCAAGUCCGACCAACCGCGAAGUGGCAACAAGAAUCAAAGGAAGUUUGAUUUCUCAAAAUGUCACAAACGACACAUUUUGCUGAGGGUUUUCUAUUUGGGAUGGGAUUUCCAAGGAUAUGCUACCCAAGAGGACUCGGCCAACACAAUUGAACACCACCUCUUCAACGCCCUCACCCGGGUCUGCCUCAUCGAGAACCGCGAGUCUUCCAACUACCACCGCUGCGGUCGCACCGAUAAGGGCGUCAGUGCAUUCCACCAGGUCGUCAGCCUGGACGUUCGCUCCAAGUUCCCUCCGGAAAGCCAACUCUCACCUGAGUCCCUUCAAAACGAGCUCAACUACUGCCAGCUGCUGAAUCGUGUUCUUCCGGCGGAAAUCCGUUGCGUGGCCUGGAUGCCAACGGCGAAUCCAAACUACAGCGCCCGUUUCGACUGCCGUUCCAGGACGUACCGGUACUUUUUCCCGCGGGGAAGCCUCGACGUGGACGCAAUGCGGAAGGGGUGUGAGUUUUUGGUGGGCUCGCACGAUUUCCGCAAUUUGUGCAAAAUGGACGUCGGGAACGGGGUGGUGACGUUUCAGAGGAACGUUCAUUACGCGGUCAUUCGGGAUUCUCUGAAGGACGGUGGCGAUUCUUCGUACGACAUGCUGUACUUUGAGCUGCGAGGAAAGGCAUUUCUGUGGCAUCAGGUGCGCUGCAUAAUGGCGAUUCUGAUCUUGGUUGGGCAAGGUCGGGAGGAUCCAACGGUGAUACGGGAGCUGCUGGAUGUGGAGAAGAACCCUCGGAAGCCGCAGUACAGCUUGGCAAACGAUGUGCCGCUGAAUUUGUACGAGUGUUUGUACAAGAGCAAGGGAUCGUUCGACCCGAAGGUGUUUGACAAGAAUGGGCCGGUUCCGGAGGAGGAUCAGGACGAGGACGAGGGUGAAUCUGACUUACGGGAAUGGGUGUAUGAGGAAGAGAGUCUGACGAGGACAAUUGAGGAGCUGCAAGCGUUGUGGGCUUCCAAUAGCAUAAGAUCCACGAUGUGCCGCGAAAUGCUCAAAUCCCUGCAAGACAUCUACGCCGAACAGUUUCCCACCCAACCGAAGCCGAUCGCCCAAGCGUCCAUCCUUCUGCAGGGCGUCCAAUCGCGCGAGUAUCAACCGUUGAUGAGCCGUAAAAUGUGUGAAACCCUUGAGAACCGAAUCGAACAUUACGCCAAGAAGCGACGCAUCCAGGUUAGCGUCAAGGAGGUGGGCGGGGAAGAUGGCAACAAGGAGGAUUGAUCUAUUUAUUUUGUACGGUUUCGUACUGAAUACACAAGUGGCCGCUUAAAGCAAGGGUAAUUAAUAUUCUUAGCACAGGGACUUGGGACUGAAAGAAAACAUCAACCUGAAGUGAAAUCUUUUUCUCUGUUUAUUGCAACG